UGUGGAUGAUUUUGAUCGUGCAGAACAGCUUCUCAUUGCUUCUCACAAGACGACGUUAAAUAUAUUCAUAUUGCGUUGGUCGCAAAUUUCUUUAAAUCCAAAGGAAACUCAUAGAUGUAGCCUAAUCUUUUGUCAAUUCGUCCUUGGUUAUUAGAAUUUAUUUAUCAGCUCGGGCUAUAAGCGAAAACGUUUAAUGUUUUGAGCUGCUUUUGAAAUGUUUGGAAGAAUGUCAACUACCUUUAACUCGUUCGCUUUUUUCUUCCUUGUUGGUUUGGCUGGUUCUAGUUUAGCUAAUGAUUCAAUCAAGCCAUCAAACAUAUUUGACAAAGUUGAAUUUUUCCACUCUCGAGAAAGAAGAGCUGCAGAUUCAAAUAAAACUGUCACACAAAACCAAACAGUUCAGGAUGAUCACCAAUAUUAUACUUCAAAAUUUGUGGAUGGUAAAGAUUUGUGGAAAGAGCUAGAAGGCAAUGCUAAUAGCAUCAAACACUGGAACAUAUCAAAUGGGCCAACUAAAUAUGCAGAACUUAAACUAAAGUUCAAGUUUCCUUAUUAUGGUCAUCUCGUGGAAAACAUAUCAGUCACAGACGAAGGUUUCCUUUAUACUGGCUGGGUUUCUACUCGCUUUGACAUCAUGCGACAGGUUAUGUAUGUUGCACCCUUGAUGGCUUAUUUCAACCCUGCAAUCAACAACAGUGCUUCAAUUUACUAUUUGAGUACAGAUGAUCAAUUCACUGUGCAGUGGAAUAAUAUUUAUUUAGAAAGGGAACAGCAUGCUGGAGCAUUUACCUUCCAAUGCACCCUUUUUAAGUCAGGGAAAAUCCACUUUGCUUAUAAAUCAGUGCCUAAGAAUGUAACCGAUAUCCAGGGAUAUAGCGAUCAUGGAGUCAGAGUUGGUCUGUCAGAUGCCUUCACAGUCACCCGACAAGCCUACCUCGAUGGAAAGAUCAUCCUGGUGAGAAUUUUCUAUAGAUACCAUGAGAUCGCCUUGGAACAGUCUUUGGUACGAUCGGACACAGGGUUUAUCCUACAGCCUAAAGCAAACUGCAUCAGUGCUACAAGCUGUGACAGCUGCCGGGAAGUGGCUGAGAGCUCGGACUUCUCUUGCAAAUGGUGCAACACGCUCCAGAGGUGCUCGGACUCAAUUGAUAGAAACAGGGUGGAGUGGUUCCAGAGCUUCUGCAACUACCACGCUAUUAUUACGCCGCAGGAGUGCGCAGGUAAUUUCUCCACUGUCAGGCCUCCAGUGAGUGAUAAUCAUGGUAUCGUGUAUGCCUCAAAAGACAAACAGAAUUCCGGACUAGGUGCUGGGGCGAUCGUGGGAAUUUGUCUCGUGGUUGCAUUCAUCGUCGCUGCUGGAGCAUGGUGUCUAUUUGCUUACACUCACCCGACAUCUAGCUCAGGACUCUUCCUUAUCUCUUUACGGUACCGGCCGAGGGAGCUAUUUGGCAGAGGAGACUCAUCAGGUGGUGGAGGAGUAAAUGUGGAGAGUACCACCAAGUCUUCUAGUCUCGCAUAGUGACC